AUUCAGAAGUAACCGCAACUUCAAAGUUGAGGACGAUAAAUUAUAGAUUCAAAAAAUGAAUUUAUACGCGUUUGUAAUAUUGUGUGGGAUUUAUCUUAGUUCUGCUGCUGCUGCUAUUCCAAAGGGGUUAAGCGAGAAUGAUCCAUCUUUAAAACAGUUGGAGAUGCCAUGUCUCGUGUUUCCAAAUCUACCUAUGAAUUCCCGCAGAACGUGUAGUAACGAGAUUUGUACGGUCACUUGUAUGGAUGGAUACAAAUUCCCCGAUGGAGGUAAAGUGGCGGAAAUGCACUGCGUGGCAGGCGCCUGGCAGCCGGCUAUUCGCGACUGUAUACCAGAAUGCAAUCUUCCCUGUUUAAAUGGGGGUGUUUGUGGAUUGCCUAACACUUGCCUUUGCCCCACAGCUUAUAAAGGGCCUCAGUGUCAAGACUCAAACUGUGACCAAAAGUGUCAGAACGGUGGUACUUGCGUUGCAAAGAAUUUAUGUCAAUGCACCAACGAUUUCUAUGGGAACUAUUGCGAGAAGAAAAAUGAGUGUCUCGCGCCUCCUAAUCUACCAAAGAACUCUAGGAGAUUAUGCAGUACACUGUCGUGCAUCGUCACGUGUAACAGUGGAUACAAAUUCCCUGACGGCUCAACUGACGCAGGAGUUUACUGCGUGGGUGGCGCGUGGCAACCUACGUCCACGCCUGACUGCAUUUUGAAUUAAUUGUUUUUGAUAUUCCAUUUUUUAAAUGUCAUUUAUCUUUUUUUUCAUCUUUUACUCUCUAAUUUUUAAUGAUGAUUAUAGAUAUUGUAUUAAUUUUUUUAAUCAGUAUGGAAGACAUUAAAAAUAAAU